GAGGCACAAAGUUACUCUCGCAACUUGGACUUACAAAAAGGAGGCGGCCGGGGGGGAAAAAGCCGCUCGGGCUCCCGAGACUUUUUUUUCUUCGCUCUUCGCCCUUUUUUUCCUUUUUUUUUUUUUGUUUUUUUCCUCCCACCCGGCUCCCGCCGCCGCUCCGGGGCCGGGCUCCGCCGAUGGCCGCGGCCCCCCGCGCCCGGCCGUGACGCCCGAGCGGGCCCCGCCGGGCGCCGCCGCCCCGGGGCCGGCCCCGCAUGCCGGGAGCUGCCCGCCGCCCCGCGCCGCUCCCCUCUAUGCGGCCGUAGGGUGCGCGGCGGGGCAGGGCUCACCAUGUCGAUGCUCCCGACUUUUGGCUUCACCCAAGAGCAAGUGGCCUGCGUCUGCGAGGUGCUCCAGCAAGGCGGCAACAUCGAGCGGCUGGGGCGGUUCCUCUGGUCCCUCCCUGCCUGCGAGCACCUCCACAAGAACGAGAGCGUCCUGAAGGCCAAGGCGGUGGUGGCCUUCCACCGGGGCAACUUCCGCGAGCUCUACAAGAUCCUGGAGAGCCACCAGUUCUCGGCGCACAACCACCCCAAGCUACAGCAGCUCUGGCUGAAGGCGCACUACAUCGAGGCGGAGAAGCUGCGGGGGCGACCCCUAGGGGCGGUGGGCAAGUACCGGGUGCGCCGCAAGUUCCCGCUGCCCCGCUCCAUCUGGGACGGCGAGGAGACCAGCUACUGCUUCAAGGAGAAGAGCCGCAGCGUCCUCCGCGAGUGGUACGCCCACAACCCCUACCCGUCCCCACGCGAGAAGCGGGAGCUGGCCGAGGCCACCGGCCUCACCACCACCCAGGUCAGCAACUGGUUCAAGAACCGCCGGCAGCGGGACCGCGCGGCCGAGGCCAAGGAAAGGGAAAACAACGAGAAUUCCAACUCCAACAGCCACAACCCGCUUUCGGCGUCAAUGAACGGGAAUAAGACAGUUUUGGGGAGCUCAGAGGACGAGAAGACGCCGUCAGGGACCCCGGAUCACACCUCCUCCAGCCCCGCGCUGCUGCUCAGCUCCAACCCCGGGCUGCAGCCCCUGCACGGCCUGGGCCACCCCCAGGGCCCCAGUGCCAUCCCCGUGCCCAGUGCCGACCCCAUGCACCACCACAACUUGCAGGACUCCAUCCUCAACCCCAUGUCAUCCAACCUGGUCGAUCUGGGCUCUUAAAAACCGUGUACACGCUCCCUCCUUCGCAUCAGCCCUCCUUUACUCUAUUUUUUUCCUUUUUUUUUUUUCCCUUAAUCUUACCAGAGACUUUGAAAACGAUGACGUACUCCUUAGUGGAUGUGUUGUGCCCUUUGGCAGCAGGCUGGCUGCAGGUUUGGAAGGUAUCGGACUUGGCUGUGGGCAGUAAUGUUGUGAAAAGCCUUAAGGGUUGCUUAAAGGUGGUCUCAGGCGUGUAAGGACUGUUGGACAGGAGCUGUGAUUUUUCACGGCAGGCUGUAAGGCGGUUCGGCGUAGCAGCUCUUUCCAGCCUUGACUUUACGAAUGUCUCGGUGGUGUCACCCGAUCAGGCCGGUCUGUGUGGGAAGAGGCACAUUGUAAUCUUUUAUUUUCGGGGGGUGGGGAGGAAAGGGGAGCAUAAGGCCACUGUUUCCAUGCCUGUUUGGAAGUUACACAUCGCUCCCGUUAUUCUAUUGUAGUUAUGUAUCCGUGGCAGGUGUACGAUGUACAAUUUCAACUAAGAAUACAAAAGUUGUAGUCAAAUUAUAGCAGCAACACGCGCUCUAGGCAGACUCUGUAACCUUCUUGUAGCUGAUGCUAUGCAGAGAGACGGCUUCUUUGGCCUUGUCCAUGUGGUGCUUUCGCCAUUUGCGGGGUGGGAAAGGAAGUGAUGGCCCGGCUCUGGCCCCAGCCCCCGAGGAAGGCAGGGGCAGAUUCUCCCCCUCGGUGUGCAACGAGGGCGGGAGCGGGCUUUAAAGAAAAGAGGAAUUGCUGCUCAAGUUUAGACCUAAACGACAGUAUCAACCGCAAGUCACUCACCUUAGUUUUGUUUAUUGUUUAUAUUAUGUGAAUACAUUCUUUGGAAAAUAUUUCUGCUUUUAUUUUAUAAUAAAAUUUAGAAAUCUAA